AUGCAUGAAGAGAUUGGUGCCGGAGCCUUUGGUAUAGUGCAUAGAGCUACUUGGAAAACUACACGUUAUAUAGUUGCUGUUAAAAAAUUGCAUCUGACCCAUUUGACUGGUAAAAUGGAGAAAGAAUUUUUCAAAGAACUUUCAUUAUUGAACAACAUUCGUUGCCCUAACAUCAUCAGUUUUUAUGGUGCGUGCACGGAAGCAGGAAAGUAUGCAAUGGUUAUGGAAUACAUGUCAUUAGGAUCAUUGUAUAAGCUAUUGCACGAAGAUAAUAUUGUAUUAACUUGGUCUGAACGGUUAGCGAUUGCAUUUCAAACAACCAGUGGCAUCAAUUACCUGCAUCAAUUGCCAGAACCUAUCUUACAUCGCGACAUAAAAUCGCUGAACUUCUUGAUAGAAAGAGCCCAUAAAGGAUAUAUUGUCAAGGUAUGUGAUUUUGGUUUGGCUCGAACACGAAAUGAAACGACACGUCAAACAAAAGCAAAUUCUUUAGUGAUCUGCACAUUGCAAUGGACUGCUCCUGAGAUACUGUGCGCCGAACGCUAUACAGAUAAGAGUGACAUUUAUAGUUUGGGAAUCGUUUAUUGGGAACUAGGCACCGGCGAAAUACCUUACGACGAUCUGCAAGAUGGUGUAAUACGUGCGUUUGUGCUCGCUGGUGAUCGUUUGAAGAUACCAAACACCAUACCAUCGAGUUUUCGCUCACUUAUCCAGCAAUGCUGGGUACAACAGCCUAAUGAUCGACCCAAUAGUUCUCAUAUAAUCGAAAUGAUCGAAGAAUGUAUCAAAAUAGAAAGAACUUCGUUGGUUCAAUCCGGCACCAAGUUUGGUGGCUCAGGUGGUGGCUUUUUUGAUGAUUCAUCAAUGGAAAGUUUUACACAUUCGCAUUAUCUGCGCGGGAUGAUUAGUCGACGUGAUAAAAUACCUUUAGAAUGGUGCCAAUUUCUGUAUUCUUCUCCUGAUAAUCCCAGAAAAAUUCUUGAAUCAAAACUGCGAGGAACUCGUCGAGCAACCGAUAUUGCCAAAUCUUUUCUUCUGGCAGAAAACGAAAAAAUCAACAAAGUUCAAGUGAUACUUAAUAGUGAAAAGCUUUAUGUGAAUGAUGUUCUACGAUCAGUCUUAUUGGUAGGAGGUAUCAGAUUCUUUACAACUAAGGGACGAACGAGCCAAUCAAUUGAUCACAUCGAAGGCCAAAUAUUUGAAGAACAAUUCGAUGGAUACACCAUAGGAUAUGUCACCGGAAGAUCAGGACUGUAUGUGGACCAGUUACAAUUUCAUUGGUAUCCCAACGUCAUGGACUAAUAAUCACUGUGUGUGAUAUCUUUCUAUAGUUUAUGAAUAGCCAUGCUUUGAUAUAUUAGCGAGUUUUUUUUCCUAAAUACAGCAAAUAAAAAAUUUCAAUCUUGUGCAGAUAAAUUCAUUUGUCAAAUAGUAAACUGAUAGAAAGGAAAUAUAGCGGCUUGUCUAUUUUGGAUUCUGAGGUUUUCUGGCAAAAUUCUAUAUAGGUAGUAAUUAGAGGCUAUUCGUGAUGCUUUUACGCCUCUCACAAGUUUGAAAUACAAUGAAUCGAUCUUUCACCUUUAGGGUUCCCAGGUACCUGAAAUUUUUCUUAUUUUCUUUUCUUUCUUGUCAUAUGUGUAUUAUCUGUUCUGCAUGGUUGUUUUCUUCCCAGAUAUAUAUUGCUUGGAUAUUUUUAUUAUUUAGUGUAAUAGAGGAAAUAAAGUUCUAUUAUGCAACGUACUUGAUAGCUAGGGUAAAAUUGUACUGACGUAUUGGACGACUCGACUGUACAGCUUCUUUUUCUGAUUUGAAUCGACAAUUUAGCCAUGGAUGAGAGCUGUUUUUGCACGACGAAAAACUUGUUAUGUCUAAAAUGUUUCUUUUAGCUACUCUGUCUAAUGUCUUGACGAAUUACUUUAGGCAAAGAAAAACAUCUGUUGUCAGAGAAAAUUUAACACCUUGUCCUAGUUUUCUGUGUACUCCUUGUUUUUUUUACUAUUGAACUGUGUCAAAGUCAUGUGCAACCAAAUUCAAUUAUGAAAAUGUGUUGCACAAAGUUAAGUGUGAGUUCAAGUGUGGAUAAGAGUGCGGUCGUGGAUGAGUGUGAUAAUUCUCUUCAUUCAUAUCUCCACGUCAUCGUUCGUUUUUCUUGUUCAAUUUUUAAGAGAGGGUCCGCGAGAGGAUCUACCAAGCCGGUACCACUCAAAAUUUAGAUUUUUGAUUUCAUAUUCUGAAACGAUAGGCCAUGGUUAGGAACUUAUAAAUCCAAAAUAUGAACUCUUUAUACCUCUCCUGUAAAAAGUUUUGAAUUAUACAAUGUGACACGUCGUUUGACCUUGGUCAAAAAACUGAAUUUUCAGGAUGUUCUCGGUAUUUUGGAUUUUUCUCUGCAAUCACUCGUCCGUCUGAGUCCGGACACGUCUCGAAAGAUGCAGAAAUGUUUUCUCUACAAAACUGGUAAACUGAAUCAUUUUUAUAAGGUACUUUAUUAAUUCGUAGUUUCAAUAUACGAGCAAAAAAUGCAAUUCGAUUUUGCAGCAAUUUUUUAAUACUUUGCAUAUUAUUAUACUUUGACUCGCUGUCCCAAAAUAAUUUUUAUAUUUUCUGUAAGCCCUUGAAAUUCUGCAUCUAUUAAUGAAAAAUUCAAAUGAUUCCAAUUCUGGUAGCGAAAGUUAGCCCGUACCAUAAAUGUUCAUAUUUGAUGGUCAUGUUCAUUCAUUUCACUCCCG